CUUUAAGAGUUUAGAGAUUGAGUUUGUGUGCUUAAAUUUUUUGAGAAGCACAUCGUAAAGCGGCGGCUUAGGGUUAUUUGCCUCUUCACCAUGGACGCGUACGACAUCCUGAGAUCCGAGAGGGAAGAGUUCGAGAGUGAGGCUGCUGAAAAAGCCUUUGCCGACAGGAUCAGUGGCAAGCCCCGAGCUUUGAUUUCUGUGGCGGGAUACAACCCUAAUCUGCCUGAGGAUGAUAUCAAGAAGGAACUGAUUGAUCUCUUCAGUUCAUGUGGCGACGUUACAAGGGUUAUUGUUCCCAAAGACCCUGAUCAUAGCCCUAAUCUCGACAGACGUGCUUUAGUUAUUCUUUUCGGAGAUGGGGCAGAAGAGAAGGCCUUGCAACUUAAUGGAACUGACGUUGGAGGAUGGAAUGCUCUUGUUAAGGUUGAAUCGGAUGAAGAAGAUGAGGAGGCAGCACGCUAUAGAUCCUCUCUGAUUAACGAACUAAUGAAUGACCCAAAAUUUUGGUAUGGCGUUUCGGUUAGGGGAUAUGACACUAACCUCCCUGUAGACGAAGUCGAGACGGUUUUGAAAGAAGUUUUCUCUGAUUGUGGGGAGAUAACUCAUGUUUUUGUCGAUACUCUCGACAAGCUGACUAAUGUCUAUUUUUCCCUACAAGAAGGAGAAGCUAGGGCGCUGGCUCUUGAUGGAAUUAGAGUGGGAGAAUUCGAAUUAGAUAUUUCUGGCGUACCUUCAGUCCUAAGUAACCGUCCCAGUCCCUUUGGCAACGGUGAAAUUGGUUUGGGCUAUACUGUCCCAGCUCAUAUGAUUGAGUUUGCCAACAAGGACGACGACGAGAUCGAGAACAAGGUCAUUGCUUUCAAGAAGCAGAGGAGGUCUAGCUCUAUCGUGUGAUGAUAAUACCAUGCAACCUUGGGUCUUUUUUUACUGUUUAAUCUCAAAGCUUUAUGCAUGACGUCGUUUGUGUGUGUGUGUGUCUUGAUGAUGAACGCACUCUUAAUAAUUAUUAUCUUUACUAUUAUCAGCUCUCUA